AUGACGCGUAGUAAAAAAGUGAGCGAGGAGGGGGGCGCCACCACGCUGGCCAUCCUGAAGAACGUGCGCGCGGAGGCGGCCGAGGCGGAGGCGGCGCGCGCGGCCGACGAGGCCAAGGAGAACGCGCGCGCCUCGCCCCCCGCGGCGCACGCGCCCCGCGCCCCCCACGCCCCCCACGCCGCGCCCCCCGCGCCGCGCCAGUACGCGGCCGGCCGCGGCGGCGCGCCGCUGCCCUGCGCGCAGUACAAGACGGACAAGGGCUACCGCUGCCCCAACUGCCAGCGCUGCUACAACGCGCGCAAGAACCUCGUGCGCCACGUGACGCUCGAGUGCGGCCGCGAGCCGCAGUACAAGUGCCCCCACUGCACCUACAGCAAGCACCGCCGCAACGAGCUCAAGAAGCACAUCGAGAAGAAGCACCCCGCGGCCGCCGCGCCCAAG